UUAUUUCCGGGUCGUGGUGUCACAGUUUGUUCCAUGCUCCUGAAACGGCGUAAAUUCGCGUUGAAAGCGAAACGGAGAACCAAAUUCAUUUAAUCCACUGCUAUAAUGUUCAAACUGGAAGGUCUCGGGCCUAAGAUGGACCCAGAAGAAAUGAAGAAGAAAAUGCGACAAGACGUCGUCUCUUCUUUACGAAACUUUCUCAUUUACGUCGCUCUCCUGAGAGCCACUCCAUUUGUAUUAAAGCAGCUGGACAGUAUAUGAGAGGGGCGUCUUCUUUCCAUGCCAAGGAUGUCAGAGGCUUUGUGGAACGCGAUAUGUGGCGGUUGGCCAGCAUCUGUCCAGCUGUGCGACUUGCAAAACAUUCAAUUUCAUUGUGUUCCUUCAUCCCUGGAGUUUGCGAGUGAAACAUACUGAUUGUGCUGAUGCAAUAGCACGAAUGGCCUCUGUUAUUAAAAACCAGCAUGUUGGAUUAAAUGUUGUUUAGAAUUA